UUUUCUCCUUUUGUUUUGAAGUACGAAUUCACUCAAGGUCAAAGUGGCUUAGUAACCACAUUAAAACCUAUUGUCGAACAUUGGUCUUACCCUCAGUUCGCAAAGGCAGUACUUGACAACUACAACAAAUUCUUCUCCGAAGUCAAAUCCAAAGUGAAGGUUUACUAUGAGAACAUUGACGCACUCAUGACGAACGAAGAAGGAUACAACAAACUCAUUGAAAUGGGAAUGGUCGGUGAAAAGAUGGGCUGUUUUAAGCUAGAUAAGGUAUUUUCCGAAGUUCAUGUCCUCUCCAAGCGUAAGUACUGGGGCAUACUUGAAGACGGCACAGAAAUAAAACAUUGCAUGAAGUAA